AUGGGUACUAGCAGCAGCAACAACAGCAGUGCGGAUCCGCAAGGCAUGGAUCAGGAAGUGAGAAGAAGUCAGGACCAGAGCCGAAGUAGGAGCCAUAGCCAGGACCUGCACCAGGACCAGAGAAAGCGUUUUCAUCACAAUGAUCCCCAAAGUCUGAGAGACGGCCAUCGCCAGUGGUCCGCGGCUGUAGACCAGCCUGGGGCAUCCCGCCGAUCUCUGGCCACAGCGAAACCAAAUGAAUUUAACAGUCUAGAUAAUCUCGGCCAUCAGAGCCAGAAUUACGAUGAUCAGGAGGCCAUGACGCUCGACCCUGAUCUCGACUCCGUGUCGCUCUCGCUUGGCGAAACCAUGCGCCACGCAAUGUCUGCUAGCGUGGCUCUCCAGGCCAGCGGUGUCGCUCACGACAAUAUAGAUGACCUGUCGCGCGAGCCCUCGGACCGCUUCGAGCCAUACAGAGCCGUGGCCUCGCCCAGGACUAGCAGCACUAGUAAUACCGACCUCCCUGACCAGGAUCAGUAUCAACAGCAGCAACAGCAGCAACCGCAGCUGAAUCAGUAUGCCCCGUCAUCACAAGGCCAAUUCCGCCCCAACUUAUCCUACUCCGGUCGCAGUAACUUCGAGAGCUCAAGGACACCUCCUUCCAAUGGAUGGAUGAACCGGUCCCGUUUUAGACCUUAUUUCAAAAUCUCCAUCUCCGGCGACUCCAAAGUGGCUUCCUGUAUUUAUUGUGGAAAGGAGUAUAAGGAAGGCGAAUCCACCGGGAACUUGUCUAAGCACAUCACCAAUAAUCAUGCCGUCGAGUACAAGUCUCGCGAACGUGCAGCCUCUAAGGAAAGCACUUUGACAUCUCUUACCAGCAAAGAACGCUCUCUGCGGCUGUCUGCCAAAUUUGUGUCGGAACUUAACAGGGAUAGUGGUACUUUGGCCUCUGUAGUCUUGAUUACCGAAACCUUGGUACCCUUCUACGUGGUUGAAUCCAUGGGCUGGAAAAUUAUAAACGGGCUUGUGCCAGACGUCCCACUCAUAGAAACCCGUAAGGCUGUGGUUGAGAAGCUUGACCACUACAGCGAAUGUUUGAAUCACUCUUUGAAAGCGAGUUUAGAAUCGUCGACGUUUGUGAGUAUUCAACUUUACGUCUGCUCGAGGGAAAACGGCUUGAGAUAUCUGGCCGUUUCGGUUUCUUACUGUCCCAACAUUAAAGAUAAAGAAAGACUCGCCGCUAUGCACACACCAGAACUAUUGCUGAACAACACUGGAGACCCUGUCAAUGGGCAUCUUUUGGACGUGGUCGAGUUUAAUGACAAGUCAAGUGAUCAUCCUUUGAUACACAAGGGGGUGUUAAAAAUCCUUGAUGCCUACAAUAUCACCUCCAAAGUGGCUUUUGUCACGAUUGAUCAGCUAAGUUAUGCCCUAGGUUUACACGACGCUUUGAUUAGCGAGUUAUUGAGUAAUUCCCAAUCGGUAGUAAUGCAACGCUUGGGUAAUGUGCGUUUAACUCGAUGCAUAAACUCAGGCUUAGAAAUACAAUUUGAGCGGGUUGCUAUGGAUUUAAUGAAAGACGCAGAAUUUCAACACGAAUAUCACAAAAUCGAAGAGCUUGUACAGUCAUGGGAAAGCGUUCCAUCUUUGAAAAGCUUUGCAGAAGAAUUGGUAAAACCUCCCCAAUUCUCCAGUCAAGAAAACGAAGCUCGUGGCGUAUGGCGCCAAGUCACUAAAUUUUUAAAGGUAGAUCAACGAAUGAAGCGUUGGCUCGCAACUUCAGAUCAUCACAACGAAGCCUCAUUAGUUAAUGAACUGCAAGAAAAAAGUUGCCACUCAGCAAAUGCGCUGGAGCUAUUUCGUUACUUUGUCGCCUGCUGUUCUGAAUUCGACAAACUACGAGGAAGUAUGCUAACAGAUGGGAUUUGUUUUCUGCCGGAGGGAGUGAUCAUCUACUAUAAGUUGAAUCACUUCUUUGAUAUGUGCGAGCGGGCCUCUAAAGGUGAACAUAUACAAAGCGAAGAAUAUUCUUAUUUGAAUGGCAGAGCUGAUCUACUACCAGAGCAUAAAGAAAGAGUCUUACGGGCGGUACUGACCAGUAAAAAAUCGUUUCAAGGACUUUUCGAAGGCAUUCAAAACAACUCACUAUUUUUUGUAGGAGCAGCAUUGGAUCCGUCAUGUAAAUUUGAGGACUUACAGCCGUUUAUGUCGGAGGAGGAAAUGAAUUUAAUUAUCUGCCACGUUGAAGUGACAGUGCAAGAUUAUUUAUCUAAAUGCUACUCCUGUGAAGAUAAGGAUGCCAGUAAGCCUGAAGGACGCGAAGCAGGUCAAACAAUCAAACGCCAAAAAUUGGACGAGGAGCAAUUGAAAUUGGGAUCCUUCUCUGGCAGUUAUGCGGAAUGGUCUCAAUACAAAAACGAGAUAAAAAUUAUGUCAAGAUCGCGUCGAGGCGUUAUUCAGUGGUGGUACGACAGAAGAUCAAAGUAUCCGCACUUGUUCGAACUGGCCAUGUCUUUAUAUUAUACGCAAAUCAGUUCCAAUGAGACGGAAAACAUUUUUUACGUCACCGAGCACACGCUUAAGGUAUAUCAAAGAAGCGCGGGUAGAACUAACACACAGAAAGUGAUGCUUUUGAGAAAUCGCUUCAAGAAUUUUGGGCUGUAUAACCAAGCUCUGCGGUUUGUUAAUCCGAGUAUUGAUUAG